AUGGAGGCGGGGCCGUUAGAACCGGGUCCUGCCCCAACCGCCGCCGUGAGGAGCCAUGCAGGUGAGCCUAGCAUGCAGGACCCAAAUGAAGAUACCGAAUGGAAUGAUGUAUUAAGAAAGUUUGGAAUUCUUCCUCCAAAAGAAGAGCCAAAAGAUGAAACUGAAGAAAUGGUUUUAUGCUUGCAAAAAGAAGCAGAAGUGAAACCAUAUGAAAGAAUGAGUCUUGAAGAAUUAAAAGAGGCUGAAGAUGACUUUGAUGAGGCUGAUAGGAAGGCUAUUGAGAUGUACAGGCAGCAGCGCUUGCAAGAAUGGAAAUGUCUUCAGAGGAGGCAAAAGUAUGGGGAGCUGAGAGAAAUCAGUGGAGAGCAGUAUGUUAAGGAAGUUACAAAUGCUCCUGAGGAUGUUUGGGUCAUAAUUCAUCUUUAUCGGCCAAGCAUUCCAAUGUGCCUACUAGUCAAUGAACAUCUCAGCCAGUUGGCCAGAAAGUUUUCGGAAGCCAAGUUUGUCAAAGCCUCUGUGAACAGCUGCAUCCACAGUUACCAUGACAGGUGCUUACCCACAAUACUUGUAUACAAAACUGGGGAAAUAAAAGCCAGGUUCAUCGGGGUAGCUGAAUGUGGCGGGAUGUAUCUUAAAGUGGAAGAGCUUGAAUGGAAGCUAGCAGAAGUUGGAGCAAUUGAAAGUGACUUGGAAGAAAACCCCAAAAAGGACAUUAUAAAUAUGAUGACAUUAUCAAUACGGAGCUGCAUCCCGCAGAAGGGUGGGAGCGAUCCAGGUUAAAAUUAACCACUAUUUUUUUUUUUUUUCUGAUGUGGUUAUAUUUAACCUCGCUCAUUGCUCUGGGUGACAGGUGUGUCAGAAGGCAAGAGGAUUGUUAGGGCAAAUGUGCUAGUGAGGGAAGUGCUUGAGAAAUACACCAUGACUGGGGCAGUCCUGGCAGGGCUGUUUGAGCAGCUGGGUCGCACUUCCAUCAUAUCACACAGGAGUAAAACUGGUUUUAUCUAUGGAUAUCUGCAGGUUUGAAAUCGGGCAGCAUUUGAUUGUUUUAGUAGGGAAAUUCUACUCGACAGACUGUGUGCUUUGCCAGUCUUGCUGCUGAUUUUUAUGUAUGUAUCCAUUCGUGGUCCUUUGUUGAAAGCGCUAAAGACAUUGCUUUCAGAUAGAUAAAAUACUGAAUGUUUGGGUUGGGGUUUUUGGUUGAAUGCAAGUGGUAGUGCUGUGAAGGGGUGAGAGUUUUGUGAAGAGUUAUCUCUUUAAGAAACAGCCCACAUGGUUAAAAAACAAACCUGAAAGCCUCUCAGGUUUGACGCUUGAUACUUUAAGAUGUUAUUCAGGCAUGCCUUGUUUUUUAAUUCUUCUGCAUCAUGUUCUUACCUCAAAGAGUUUAACUUACAUAGGUAACAGAAAGGAUAUGAGUAAAGCAAUGAGUAUUUUUUUUAAAUGCUUGAAAGAGCUCAAGUCCCUCCUGUAACUAAUUUUACUGUUUUUUAAUGCUCAACAAUAUAAAAAUGGAGCGGUAAUUACUUUAAUUUGUAGUGUUGGUUAAUUAUCUUGUUAGCACAGAAUUUCACUGAAGUCAUAAAUCUUCACAGAUUCGCCUGGUUGAGGAAAUCGCUGCUUUCAGAAGCUUUGUGCUAUUGCUGCUUUUUGCCCCUAGUCAAACUCUGGUUGGAAUAUUAAUGAAUUAGCAAUAGAAAUAUCACCCUCUGUGAUAUUUAUACAAAGUGGUUGUAUUGGGGUAGGGUUGUUGAUUUUUACUACAUGCAAUAGACUUGUGUUGAAAAUAGUUGCGAAUCUGCAUCGGUGGGUAAUUUCAUCGUAUGGAAACAGCCCCUUUUUAGCUCUGUGCCCUUCCUUCACAGAGGGGGCACUGUGUCCAGAGCGCACAGAGCUUCAGCCUCACUUAGCAGUUGUUGAAUACAGGUACAAAUAUUUGGCUGCCUCCUAUUUUCUGUUAUGCUGAGAAAUUGCUAGCAGCAUUGUUAUUCUGAAUUCAGUAGUACUUCAGAAUAGAAGGAGGUGUAAGAUGUGCAUCUUUGGUCAUGUGGCAGAGCCUGAAGUGAAAGAUUCCAGUGCCUCUGUGUAAUGGUGGCACAGGGGAACACAGCCAUUCCCAUCAGGAUCUCUCAUUCCCUUCUGUGUGGGUCACCUGGGGAAAGCAGCUCAAAAUUACAGCUGGGUGCUUUAUUAGUUCAGAUAAUGGGCUUCAGUGGUAGUUUAAAACUGUUAGGUGUUUCCCAGUUCGUUUGUUGCAGGAGUUAAAGAUUGAAGCACAAGGAAGAGAGGAAGAACACUCAUGGUUAAUGCAGCUGCCUGCUGCCCUGAAGGAUUGAAUUCUCAGCCUCUAGAGCUGCCACAAAAUGCCUUUGUAAUGCAAAGGCCACUUUAAUUUUGGCAUACCUCAUGCCUGAGUGUUUAAUUUUAUGGCCUUAAUGUUCUCUUACCGUAGUGUUAAUGUAUAAUAUAAAUUCUUAAAUAUAGCUGCUUUCAGAAUAUGUAAUCGUAUAUUUAAAGUUUCUGCGCUUUUCAGUUCCCAGGUAUUUAAUACUCAGUAGAACGAGUUUGUCCGUGGAGUCUUUUGUCACCUUACUGUUUGCCUACUUUGGACUCUUUCCAGCUGUUACAUUUUGUCGUUGAAAUCACUGAAUUAGUUUUCUUACUCUGCAGUGAUGUUCUGAGGAACAAUGCUGACUCUAUCAUAAAAUCAGGUGUAGUAAUAUUAAUAUUUUAUCCAAUAUAGAUCCAUUAGAAGUGGAUAUGCGGUGUAAGAUUCAGAACUGCUAUUUUGGUAAAAUCUUAUGAAGCUUAGGAGAUACUGUGGGCAUUCCCCAUCUUCCCAAUAAAGAUGUAUCCAAGUGAAGCUUAAGAGUGGUGACAAAUGCUUUGUCCUUGUAGUAGUGUUUAAUAAUCUCUAAGUCAGUGAGAAAGCUUCAGUUCUAGAGCUAAAACCAUUUGACUCGUUGUGACAGCCUGCUACCACAGGACAAAUGGUGUUGGAGUUAUAUCCUUAUGUUAAAGCAGAAUGAAAUGGUUCUUGGAGAAAGAUCCGUCUUAAGUGAAUUUAAAAAUAAAUACUGGAAUGUAAACACUGUGAGGUUCUGUAGAUGUAAAAAGAUAUUUGCAGGUGUUUCUGAGGAGGUUUUGAUGCAUGUUAUUUUGGUAUCUGGCCAGACCCAAAAGGAAUAGAGAGGAGUGAAAACUGUGAUUUAGAUGGGUUCUGAAUAUCUAGUCCAGCAUGAACUUUCAGCCAUAUGUUGGCUGUGUUUUUGCAGGUCUCUGUAAAAGUUCUCCAGGCACCUUGAAGCUUUGUUCUCACUCAGAUCCUCCAUGCUCUUGUCAAAACGGAGCAUCUUGGCACCUCUGCCUGUUUAGUAUUCAUAAAUUAGGCAAUCUGUAAAUUAGGCAUUCACUUGUCCGAAGGCAUGUUCAAACCGCACCUGAGUCACACCUAUGGGAUUGGACUCGGGCCAACCUGGUGACUCUCCCUUUGGUUCAGAAGCACAAAGGAGGGACAAGGUAGAGGGGUUGUUUUGUUUUUGGUUUUUUUUUUAUGUCUCUUUCCAAAAAAAAAAACCCACAAAACUCAGGUGCUCCCAGCAACAACGAAAAACCCAAGCACAAAAAAUCCACUUUUCACUGCUUAGAAGGUGAUUGAACUGGGCAAAAGAAAAACACUACAGUGCUUGUUUUCUUGGAGCUGGAGAUGAAGGAGAUAGGCAACUGUGUUCUGGCCUCUUCCAAGAGCUCUUCAGUUUUUUCUUCCGUAUAAAACUUUAAAUGUCAUUAGGGAAUGGAAGCCAGAACUCUUCUCUGUCAUGUUGGGUCCCAGAGAGUCUGCAUGCUGUCCUGCAAGCCUUUUACUUCUCAGUUUUUCUUACUCGCUCUGAGGUCUGAUGCUGGAAAGAGAGGUCAGGAGUUGAUCCAGCUUCCAGCAGAGCAUGGAACCUGCAGAGAGACUGUGGUCUGGACCCCUCUGGAGAGUAGCUGUGAUUUCUCUGUUCUGGCUUACUGUGUUGUAACUGUGCUGCUGGACAAAAAUCGGAACACUUAUUUUCCCUCUCUCUGGUGUGUCUUGAUGGGAAAAGCUUAGCUAUAUACAUCAGGAUUGCGAAUACUAACCUUACCAGUGUUCCAGUCCUUCAGAAACAGGUGAUGUUGAAGGCUUAGUUUUGUAUUUACUAGUUACUUUUAAUGUCUGUGUACCUUCUAACUUUUUUAGAAGUAUUGCUGAGCAAUGCAGCUUUCCUUGGCUUUGGUACUUAUUUUUUCUACAACUACUUAAAUGGAGGUUGUAGUGAGAUGGGGGUCAGCCUCUUCUGUCAGGUAACGGUGACAGGAUGAGAGGUAACAGCUUUAAGUUGUGCCAGGGGGAGCGUUCAGGUUGGAUGUUAGAACUGAAUUACUAACAUCUUGUGGUAGUUGUGGAGCUAUUGGACACCUAGAAGAGGAAUGCCUGAGAGUGGGCUUAUCAUCCAGCACAGCAUCUAACUUUCAGAUGCUUAAUGCUUAACCCUGGCAGUGUUCAAGAGGUGUCUGGAUGACGUGCUGCGUGAUAGGGUUUAGUGCUAGUGGUGGCAAUGGUGAUGA